AUGCGCUGGUUAUUAGCAUUUGCCCUCUUAGGAGUGGCCUGCGCUGACGAUUCUACAUCUUCCACAUCUACUAAAUCUACUACAUCCACUACAUCCUCAUCCUCAUCUGAUUCGUCAACAACCUCGUCCCUGGCCCUGAGCGAUGCGACCACGGUAACAGAUGCCACUGUCUCGGUUCCCACGGGUAGCUAUGAAGUUUAUGACACGACAAUCACCCUCGCCGAUGGUGAUCAACUCACCUCCACGAUCACUUCGAACUCCUCUGCGACGACUACCGGCAAUGGCACUGUCAUUACAACCACCAGCAACUCCGUCACUGUCCUGGUCGGAGGUGCCGGUACCACUACUUUGGGCAAUUCCAGCAUGAACGCAACCGCCACUUCAUCAAGCACAUCGACUGCCGUGGCCACCAAUACUCGCCCAUGUAACAGCUACACGGAGUACUGCGAGCGCAAAUAUUCAAACAUCACCAUGGUCGCCGCGCACAAUAGCCCGUUCGUGCGCAAGGGCAAUGCUGCCGCUAACCAAGAUUACACGGUGAAAUACCAAUUGGACGAUGGAGUUCGCAUGCUGCAAUUCCAGGUCCACAACCAGAAUGGGACCAUGGAACUCUGUCAUACAUCUUGCUCCCUACUCGAUGUCGGUACCCUAGAGGCCUAUCUCACCACAGUCACCGAGUGGAUCCGCAACAACCCCUAUGAUGUGGUCACUAUCCUGAUGGGCAAUUAUGAUUACGUCUCGCCGAGUCUCUUCGUCGACCCUAUCAAGUCCUCUGGUCUAUAUGAUUACGUCUACACCCCGACCAAGAUCCCCAUGGCCCUGGAUGACUGGCCCACUCUAUCUGAGAUGAUCAUCACUGGCAAGCGUGCCGUCGUGUUCAUGGACUACCAGGCUAACCAAACCGCCUACCCGUGGUUGAUGGAUGAGUUCUCCCAGAUCUGGGAGACACCAUUCUCACCCACCAGUCGGGAUUUCCCCUGCACCGUGCAGCGUCCUCCCGGUAUCACCAAGGUGCAAGCUAAGAACCGCAUGUACAUGGCCAACCACAACCUGAACAUCGAGCUAAACCUCGGUUCCAUUGAUCUGCUGAUUCCCAACUCUGCGGUGCUCAACGUGACCAAUGCGGUUGAGGGCUAUGGCAGUCUUGGUAAGAUGGCAAGGAACUGUACUGAAACAUGGGAUCGUCCCCCGAACUUCCUUCUCGUCGAUUACUACAACGAUGGUAACUUCAAUGGCUCCGUGUUUGAGGUCGCCGCGGAGAUGAACAAUGUCACCUACAACAACCAGUCUUGCUGUGGAACCCAAUCCGCUGCCGUCCCUGGCAUUUCAGUUUCGAGUCUGUCGACGGUCGUUCUGGUGGCAGCGGGUGUACAAUUCCUCCUGUCAGCAUUCUGA